AUGGAUAUUCAAGAAGAGAAUUCUUCCUCCGCUUUUGGACCUUUGGCAGCUAUGACUUUGAGGAAUAUGUCGUCGUCGUCUUCGGCUUUCUUUUCGGCGAAUCAGUCGCCGUUUUUCUCUCCAAGAACUUCAUCGUGUCAUAUAUCAGAUACUUUGAGAGGUGAAGCUUUGAAUGAGAGAAUUCAUGUAGAUGAUGCUAGUGGUGCUGCUGCUGCUGCUUCGACUAGUACUAGUUCGGUGAUUCCGGAACAAAAAAGUACAAUCUCUGAUGUGGCUGCUGCGUCUCCGGUUGUGUGUAAUUCGGGCGAUAUGCAGAGGCUCGACCGGAUAUCUUCGUCGGUUGAUAUAUCUAGUAGCACUGUAUCUGGUUACUGUCAUCCGUAUGAUGAUUGUUAUUCGGGACAGAAAGAGAAGCGGAGUAAGAAAGGGAGAAACCUGAAACCGGGUUCGAGAUCGAUUUCUUCUUACAGGUUGAAGAGUUGUGAUGUUUUUAUAGGAUUACACGGUCGCAAGGCUUCUCUUGUGAGAUUUUCCAAAUGGUUGUGUGCCGAGUUAGAAAUUCAUGGUAUCAGUUGUUUUGUAUCGGACAGGGCUUCGUGUAGGAACUCUAGCAAGCUUGGCAUUGCAGAGAAGGCUAUGGAUGUUGCUUCUUUCGGUAUAGUGAUUAUAACAAGGAAGUGUUUCAAGAAUCCGUAUACUAUUGAGGAGCUGAAGUUUUUCUCCGGCAAGAAGAAUUUAGUUCCGAUAUACUUCGAUUUGAGUCCGUUUGAUUGUCUUGUAAGGGAUAUAAUUGAGAAAAGGGGGGAGUUAUGGGAGAAACAUGGAGGAGAACUCUGGCUUGUGUAUGGUGGGUUGAGGCAGGAGUGGAAGGAUGCGGUCCACGCUUUAUCUCGGGUCGAGGAAUGGAAGUUGGAAGCUCAAGAUGGAAACUGGAGAGAUUGCAUACUUGAGACUGUUGCAUUGUUAGCAAUGAGGUUAGGCAGAAGAAGUGUCGCCGAGCAUUUGAGGAAGUGGAAAGAGAAAAUUAAGGAAGAGGAAUUACCUUUCACUCGUAACGAGAAUUUUAUAGGUAGAAAAAAAGAGCUUUCUCAGUUGGAGUUUAUGCUUUUUGGCGAUGUUACCGGUGAUUCAAAGCAAGAUUAUAUUGAACUCAAGGCAAGAUCCAAGAGAAAGCAUUUGACUAUAGGUAGAGGAAAGAGUAAUGUGUUGGAUGAAAGAAAUGGAAGUAGUAGGGAGGAGAAAGAACCGGUUCUAUGGAAAGAGUCGGAGAAAGAGAUUGAAAUGCAAAGUAUCGAAUUCGCUCAGAGGCACUAUCGUUCGAGGCCUAAACGUAGUGGAAAGUAUACUAGGAAGAAAAGAGGAAUUGAUAUUUUGUACGGGAAAGGGAUCGCAUGUGUAUCUGGAGAUUCAGGAAUUGGAAAGACCGAACUAAUUCUCGAGUUUGCUUAUCGAUUUCACCAACGAUACAAGAUGGUGUUAUGGAUAGGAGGGGAGAGCAGGUAUGUAAGGCAAAACUAUCUAAAUCUCAGGUCAUUUUUAGAAGUUGAUGUAAGUGUUGAGAAUAGUUUGGAGAAAACUAGUUUAAAAGGAUUCGAAGAGCACGAACAAGCGGCCAUUUCUAGAGUUCGCAAAGAACUGAUGAGAAACAUUCCAUAUCUUGUGAUCAUUGACAACUUGGAGAGCGAAAAUGAUUGGUGGGAUCACAAACAUGUGAUGGAUCUUCUCCCUCGUUUCGGUGGAGAGACUCAUGUGAUCAUAUCAACGUGCCUUCCAUGCAUCAUGAACUUGGAACCGCUAAAACUUUCAUACUUAUCUGGAGUUGAAGCAAUGUCUCUAAUGUUACCAACUGGCAAGGACUAUACAGUUGCUGAGAUCGAUGCUCUGAGAACAAUCGAGGAGAAGCUUGGAAGGUUAACUUUAGGCCUUGCGAUUAUUGGUGGAAUUUUAUCGGAGUUACCUAUAACUCCAAGCAGGCUCUUAGAUACCAUAAAUAGAAUGCCCUUGAAGGAGAUGUCCUCGUGGAGUGGUAAAGAGGCUCACGUCUUCCGGAAGAACACUUUCCUUCUUCAGCUCUUCGACGUUUGUUUCUCGGUGUUUGAUCACGCAGACGGCCCUAGAAGUUUGGCAACAAGAAUGGUACUUGUAAGUGGAUGGUUUGCAUCAAGUGCCAUUCCAGUUUCCUUGUUAGCACUCGCUGCACACAAUAUACCGAAAAAACACAAAGGGACUUGUUUGUGGAGAAAAUUGCUGCAACCCUUAACCUGCGGUUUAACUUCCUCGCACACGAAAAAAUCGGAAUUAGAAGCAUCUUCUUUACUUCUAAGUUUCAAUAUUGCAAGGAGUUGUGCGAAGAAAGGAUGUAUUCAAUUCAACGAACUCGUCAAACUAUACGCCAGAAAAAGAGAAGUUAAUGGAUCAUCACAAGCAAUGGUUCAAGCUAUCAUCAGUCAAGGUUCAAUAUCUCAACAUCUGGAUCAUUUAUGGGCUGCAUGUUUUCUACUAUUUGAAUUCGUCCAUAACCCCGCCAUUGUCGAGCUCGAGGUUUCCGAACUCCUACAUCUCGUGAAAAAAGUUGUCCUCCCUCUUGCCAUUCAAUCCUUCAUCACAUACUCCCGAUGCACGGCUGCACUCGAGCUUCUGCGCCUUUGCACCAACGCAUUGGAAGCAGCAGACCAAACACUAGUCACGCCAGUCGAUAAGUGGUUCGACAAAUCACUUUGUUGGAGAUCCAUCCAAACUAAUGCUCAGUUGAAUCCCUGUCUUUGGCAAGAGCUGGCACUAUGUCGAGCCACGGUUCUCGAGACUAGAGCAAAGCUUAUGCUAAGAGGUGCACAGUUUGAUAUAGGGAGUGAUCUAAUCAAGAAAGCUAUUUUUAUCAGAAGCUCGAUUUGUGGCGAAGAUCAUCCCGAUACGAUAUUUGCUCGCGAAACGUUAAGCAAACUCACUAGACUAAUUGCAAAUGUUCAGAUUCAUUCUUGA